UAUUUGUUUUUUUCAAUUAUUAUAUGCCCUUUCGCUGAUGAUGGAGUAACUAACAGUUGAGUUACAUAUAGAGCAACCAGUACAUACCAAGAGAAAAUUUGUAUAGUAGUUUAAUGUUCAGAUUUUCGUCACACCGGCACACUGUUUAUUAUGUCUAAAGGAAGAGCAUUGCAACUUUAUAAAGCAUUGCUAAAAGAAAGCUCGAAGUUUUCGGACUAUAAUUUCAGGCAUUACGCCAUUACACGAACUAAGGAUGCUUUCCGGGCAAACAAAUCAGAGCCAGAUCCUGUCAAAAUCCAAGACUUUUUACACAUAGCACAAAAGAAUUUGGAAAUGAUUGAAAGACAAGUAACAAUUGGUGAAAUGUUCAGAGCAGAGAGACUUAUUAUUGAUAACGAUUCAUAACUACACGCAAUGAUAUUUCCCACUCGAAUAUCAGAGCAUUUUUAUCUCCGUAUAGUUUCUCCGAUCCUCAUACAUUGUUGUGUUCACGAAUAUCAAGUCAAUGAGCCCAGUGAAUUAUACAUAAUGCUGAUUAAUAUUGUUGGGGGGGUGAUUAUAGUCUCUAUCUGUGUAGCACGGGCAUCCCACUUUUACUGUGAUAAUAAUGCUACAGACUUAUCAAUCUUCAUUUUAUGUUUAUUGAAUUUUCAAACUUGAAAUAAUAAAUAAAAGAUGUAAUAUCA